GAUUCAAACUGCUGUGGCGGUUUAGGUUUUAACAGACAACUGAUCGGUGACAAGAUGGCAGCAGAAGAGGACAUACAGCGGCUGAGAAGGCAGCUGAAGGAGCGAGAGGAGCAGGUUCACCAGGCUGCCCAAGCUGGUUUGGAUCUCCUCAACCAGCAGAUGGAUCUGCAGAACAGACUUGACGAACAGAGAGUGGAGAUGACCAAUGCACUCGAGGUCCUCGAGCAAGACAAGUACUCCCUGCAGAAGGAAGUGGAGUUAAAGACUCGGAUGCUUGAGUCACUCCAGUCAGACUACGACUGUCUGAAGAACCAUCAGAGACAGGAGCUUCAGGAACAACAAGAACAUCUGGAGAGGAGCCACAGCACAGCACUCAAUGAGCUCAACAACAAGCUGCUGAGUCAGCAGUUGGCUCUGGAGGAAUCCCAGCUGAAUGAGAAACAGCUGAGACAUAAACUGGAGGUGCAGACUGAGACUCUAAACUACAAGAUGGAAGAGCUGCGAGUUCUGAAUGAACACACCCAGAGCUCCAUGACAUCUGAGAUGAUGGAGGUGCAGAUGACGAUUAUGGAGCUGGAGAACAUCAAGGGGGAGUUGGAGCAGACACUGCAGGAAUCUCGGUACAGAGAGCAGCAGCUGGAGCUGACCAAUAGCAGCCUGCAGCGCCACCUGGAGCGAAUCACAGAGGAGAAGGAGGAGAGAGAGAAAGAGGCUGUUUCCUGGUUUAAUGCAUUAGAGAAAUCUCGUCUGGCAAACCGGGACCUCCAGAUCCAUUUGGACCAGGUUCUACAGCAGGCCCAGGAUCCCAGCAGCAAAGGGAACUCCCUGUUUGCUGAGUUGGAGGAUAAGCGUGCUGAGAUGGAGAGACAGCUCAUCAGUAUGAAGGUCCAGUAUCAGUCACUGCAGAAACAACACGCCUUCAGCAAACAGCAGCUGCAGCGCAUGAAGGUCCAGAUAGCCACUCUGAUGCAGCUUCAGGGUUCCAGGGCUGAUCCUGCUCAGCUGGAGAGACUUCAGUUCAUGCUGUCAGAGAAAAAUGGAGAGAUCCAAAAUCUAAUGUGUAAACUGCAGAGACUGGAGAAGGGGGAGAUGAUGUUGAAGUCUCAGCCAGCUAAUCCUGCUCCAGCAGAAAGCGGUGACGGCCAAGACGAAACUUACUACACUGACCUGCUCAAAAUGAAGCUGAACAACACUGUUAAGGAUGCAGAGCGUAUGGGAGAUGAGCUUUCCCUGCAGAGGAUGAAAUCGUUGUCAGAGAGCCAGAGAGCUUUGGAGUUGGAGAGGAAACUCUUCUCAUCUGAAAGGCUACUCAAACAGGCUCAGAGUGACAAGAUCAAACUGCAGCUACAAGUAGAGGAGCUACAACAUAAAUAUGAGCCAAAAGCGGCUAAAAAGAAUCUGAUCCAGAAGAGAAAAAAAGAGAAGCUUCCUGUUGACGUGACUCCAUCCUCUGAAGAAACCACACUUGACAAGAGCGAGCAGGCUGUCGCUGUGGAGAUGGAUGUCACAAAUACUAAAACAACAGACCCCAAAGGGGACACUUGUUGUGCAGCUGAGUCUUCAAGCUUCACAGACGGUGUGUGCAUUGGAGAACCUAAGCCACAGCCUGUGAAGUGUGUGAAGAUCAGUGGACAUGAUCCUGUUAUGAUUCCCAACCCCAGCUCUCCUGUGACUGAUUGUAAGGUGGAGAUGGAGGAGAACCAGCAGCAGAACAAGAGAGAGGAGAGAAGAAAGAAACAAAGAAGAGUAGAAAUGAUCCAUGUCAGCUCCAACAGCAGUAUGGAGAACCAAUGUGCUCAGCAAUAGCACCCAAUCUGAAUGUGUUCUUGCACGCGUGGAUGUGUAUACAUAUUGCAGAAUUUUCCAGCCACUGUCCAAGGUUCUGAACGAAUAUGAAUAUUUAAGCACGAUUCUCUGGACGCAGGUUUGACUCCCAGUUGGGGCAAAGGCCGUUUAUUCAUGAUAAAAGAUAAAUGGCUAUUUUUAAUAAAUUGAUUGAAUCCCA